GUUUCUCACACACACAGUGGCGCAACCAGCAGCCACACGCGCUCUAUCUCUUCCUCUCUCUCUUUCUCCUCCUCUCUGAGAAUGGUCCACCCGGUGCCUGAGGCUCUGCUGUCGCGGCCCGCCGCCUGCGUCUGAUCUCUCUCACACACUUACACACACAUAUAAACGCGCACUCAGUAGUAACCAUGAUGUGAGAGAUUUCAGAGCGGUAGGACCCAGUCAGGCACCCUGGGACUGCACAGGGGCGUGUGAGAGAGAGCGUAACUGUCUGCGAGAGGCAAACGAGAGGGGAGAGAGAGAGGGAGAGAGAUGUUGACGCAGGUUUUCACUUCUGUCUGAGUGCGUCACUCUUCCGUGCAGUCAUGUGGGUACUGAGUUUUGUGCCCUCUCUUGCGUCUGCCGCUGCUUGGACCUGCUUAUAGUACCAGCCUCAGCUUUCCUGCCUGCUUGCUGCCCAAAUCAGUGAACAAACUGCACCAGACCCCGCCGAACGACCCCUCAAACACAAAACAGCCAAUCAGAGUGCAGGAUUUUUUUGAUUGUUUUGCUUUUGGAUUCCAUCACUGCAGUUCACUUCAACAUUUUUCUUUUUUUUUGUUCUUCUCACUUUGGCCUGGUGUGCAAACAGUGGAGCUUCAUGAUCUAAGGCAGAGAGAGGAACGUUGGUAAAAAAGUGACAAACAUAAAGCACUUUCGGGAUUGUAAGGAAUUGUAGUCUAAAGCGUGCGGAGAUGGCGAUGAAUAUGGCUCACAUGCGGGACACCAAAUGGCUGACGCUGGAGGUGUGUCGAGAGUUUCAGAGGGGAACGUGCGCUCGAUCUGAUGCCGAGUGCAAGUUUGCGCAUCCCGCCAAGAGCUGCCAGGUGGAGAAUGGCCGGGUCAUCGCUUGCUUUGACUCGCUGAAGGGCCGCUGCUCCAGAGAGAACUGCAAGUACCUUCAUCCUCCUCCACACCUGAAGACGCAGCUGGAGAUCAACGGCCGAAACAACCUGAUCCAGCAGAAGAACAUGGCCAUGCUUGCACAGCAGAUGCAGAUCGCCAACGCCAUCAUGCCCGGCAGUCAGCUUCAGCCCAUGCCUAUGUUUUCGGUCACGCCAAGCCUUGCAACCAACGCCAGUGCAGCUGCAGCAGCAGCGGCGGCGGCUGCGUUUAAUCCGUACCUGGGCCCGGUGUCUCCUGGCCUGAUGCCCGCAGAGAUCCUGCCCAGUGCACCGGUGCUGAUGGCGGGCAGCCCUGCGGUGGCGUCUGUGCCAUCCGCUGCCAAUGCCGCCGCUGCUGCCGCUUCAGCCGCCGCCGCACAGAAACUGCUCAGAACAGACCGACUGGAGGUGUGUCGUGAAUACCAGCGUGGCAACUGCUCUCGUGGGGAGACGGACUGCAGGUUUGCCCACCCUGCCGACAGCACAAUGAUCGACCCCAGCGACAACACAGUGACGGUGUGUAUGGAUUACAUAAAGGGCCGCUGCUCCAGAGACAAGUGCAAAUACUUCCACCCUCCUGCUCACCUGCAGGCCAAAAUUAAAGCCACCCAACACCAGGUCAAUCAGGCCACGGCCGCCGCUGCCAUGACUCAGUCGGCUGUCAAAUCACUGAAGCGACCCCUCGAAGCCACCUUUGACCUGGGAAUUCCUCACAGUGUCAUGCCACCUUUACCAAAGCGACCCGCGCUUGAGAAAGCCAACGGUGCCACGAGCAUGUUCAGCACUGGCAUGCUCCAGUACCAGCAGGCUUUGGCCAACAUGCAGUUUCAGCAGCAGGCAGCCUUUAUUCCUUCAGGCUCAAUAUUGUGCAUGACCCCUGCAGCGAGCGUGGUUCCCAUGAUGCACGGCGCUUCCCCGGCCGCUGUGUCUGCAGCAACCACAUCUGCCACAAGUGUUCCCUUCGCAUCUGCAUCAGCCAAUCAGGACUCUUCUCUAUCAAAGCUGACUACCAACGAAUACAUGCAAUUGAUUCCAAUAAUAUCUGCGGAGCAUCUGACUAGUCACAAGUACUUGACGCAGAUGUAGUUCCAGCCCGCAACAAUCAAAAGAAUGUGCUGUUGUCCAGGACAAAAGGCGAACCAACAAAAAUUCAAAAUUUCAACGUCAAGACCUGCGCUGGCUAGAACACACAAUGAAUUUGACGAUAGUAGGCUUUAACCGAGGUGAAUCUGAGCGUCCUUUUGCAUGAUGUGUAGAAUUCGAUUGAACUACACUAUCAUGUCAGACAGGACUGAUCUUUUAACUCCCAAGCCAGUAGGAAAAAAAAGUUGUUUUCAUGUCUGACCGAACACCGUUUUGGCAUGUUAGUAGACCAAGAGCUAUUUUUUUAUUUGUGAUUCACACUUUGAUUUUUCUGUCCUCGAAAUUUGUCCGAUGGUUUACAAAGGUGAAUCGAAAAAGUCGACAUGGCACAAAACAUCCAGCGGAAAUAAUUAAAUCACGUUUUCUGGCUUCUAGUCAAACUAGAUUGUAAAAAAAAAAAGAAGUGGAGAUUGACGGAUGAAUGUUUUGGGUCGAUCACCUGAGACCUUUCAAAAAAGCACAUUCUUGCAAGCUUUAUGUACCGUAACCACCGGCUGAAUACCAGACACCGAUCUAGAGUGUUAUAUCAACAGUGUUAUUAUGUUUACCAGAGAUUAAUGUUUUUUACAGCGCUUGUUUUUAUACAUAAUUUCACAAGUGUGUGGGUUUUUUAUGAAACGUGCCAUUUUUAUUUGAUCAUCCAUUAGGCCUUGUAGAACGAUAAAGCCUUUUUGACUCCUUUGAGAACAGGGUUGCCUUGUUCCUGAUGCCCUGUUUCUUUCUAUUGCCUUGAUCGAGAGAAUGUCACCGAGGAGGUUGUCUUUUAGAGCGUAUUUUAGCGUUCCAGUCUUCGCCGUAUGAAGACUCUAAAAUUUAAAGCACUGCUUGAGUAUUUGGUUACAGAUUGUGAGAAUUGGUACAUGGAAAGACAAGGUUAGUGUUGGGUCAGGGUUCGUCUUCAGUUCUCAUUUGUGUUGAUCUCGAUUUCGAAUUUUUUUUAACGGAUUUAUUUGGCCGCUGUAUAACGGAGAUGUUUUAACCAUUACUUUGUGCCAAAGUCUUUCUUUCCUCUUUUAUUAUUAUUAUUAUUUUUUAUUUAAAUAUGUUUUGACUGGAUAUACUGAUCACAAAAGACGAAUCAUUUGUGUAGGCUAGUUUAAUUUUACGUACAAACCAGGAACGUUCACGUCUUUACGGUGAAGGUUUUUUUAGCGCCACAACCAGACUCAAGAUGAAAUGGAUAAAACCCGAUUGUCAAGAAAUUCAGGUGGUCUUGAGUCUGGAUUUCAGCCUGGUUUUGGUGCACAGACUUGAAAGGAUGCACACCAUUGCCGUUUCCUCACUAAAAGCCUUAUAUUUCAGUGUUUGAACCCACACAAACAUUCUCUCAAUCACAAAAAAAACAAUGACAGCAGAUGAGAUUUUACUCUUCACACUUAUUUUACGCAUAUAUUAAUUAAUCAUGUUACACUUAAUGUUUCGAAGCCUUUGUUUAGAAAAUAUAUUGUGUUGUUUGCAUAUAAAGAUUUAGUUUUUCUUUUGUAUUUGAACUGUUUUAGAAUGUAGGAAAUGAAAUAUUGUUUUUCUUACUGUCACUUUUACUUUCACAUCAUGUUUAAGUUCAUCAUGUCUAGCGAGUAGUGUAUUCUUAAUUCUUCAUGUUAGUUUUUUCAGCGUAGAAUGUUUGAGAUUUCAAAGGAUUUUGAUUUUCGUUGAACAAAAUGUUUUAUCUUGUCUUAAAAAAAAGAGUGAGUGAGUGACAACGACAGAAAGAGAGUUUAUUUGUAGCUAUAGUAAGGUUGAUAUUUUAACCCUUUAUUUUGUGUCCACAUCUACAAUUAGCAGCCAAUUCCAAUGUUAUCACUCGAUUGAAUGGGCGCUUUCAGUGAUUAUCAGCUGAUAGAUAUGGGCCAGUAGGGGCCUUCUGUGCAUACUGGUAGACUCAGAAGGCUGUUAUUAUCCAUCCACAUAGCUAAUCGGCUAUAGAUCAGAUACGGCUGUGGCCAGAAGUUAACGAGAAUUAUUUAUAUUAUUUAUUAAAUUUCCCAUUAAUUGUAUUUUAUUAACGUCUACCCCCACCCUAAUAAUUAGUAGCACUUUUCUGGACACUCAAAGUGCUUUACAUACAUUUUUUGGGGGGAAUCUCCUCUUCCACCACCAGUGUGUAGCAUCUACCUGGAUGACUUGACAGCAGAUGAAGCCAAUUAUGAUAUGGGGAUGACUAGGACGAAGGCUAUGGUUGACAAAGGCCAGUGUGCAAAUUUGAGUAGGAUGCCGGGGUUAAACCCCUACUCUUUUUGGAUGGACAUCUUGGGAUUUUUAACGACCACAGAGAGUCAGGACCUUGGUUUAAUGUCUCAUCCGAAAGACAUUACUGAGCAGUAUAGAGUCCCCUUCACUAUAUAGGGGCAUUAGGACCCACUGAGAUCGCAGGUUGAGCAUCCCCCGCUGACUUCACUAACACCACUUUCCUAUGUGGUCUCCCAUCUAGGUACUGACCAGACACAGCCCUGCUUAGCUUCAGUGGGCGACCAUUUGAGAGUUGCAUAGAGCUAGCUGCUGGCUAAAACCAACUGUCACAGUAAUGUAAAAACACAUCUGGAAUCUGUUCUAUCAGUGUAGCUGAUUAACCAUGCGUAUGGAUGCUACCAGCUUUCUGGGCCUACAAGUAGGCGGAAGUUAACGAGAAUUAUUUAUAUUAUUUAUUAAAUUUACCAUUAAUUGUAUUUUAUUAACAUCUACCCCCACCCUAAUAAUUAGCAGCGCUUUUCUCAAAGUGCUUUACAUACAUUUUUGGAGGGAAUCUCCUCUUCCACCACCAGUGUGCACCAUCUACCUGGAUGACUUGACAGCAGCCAUAUUGCACCAUAUCGCACACCAGAUGAAGCCAAUUAAUUAUGAUAUGGGGAUGACUAGGACGAAGGUCGUGAUUGACAAAGGGCAGUGGGCAAAUUUAAGUAGGAUGCCGAGGUUAAACCCCUACUCUUUUUGGAUGGACAUCUUGGGAUUUUUAACGAUCACAGAGAGUCAGGACCUUGGUUUAAUGUCUCAUCCGAAAGACAUUACUGAGUAGUAUAGAGUCCCCUUGACUAUAUAGGGGCAUUAGGACCCACUCAGAUCGCAGGGUGAGCAUCCCCCGCUGACUUCACUAACACCACUUUCCUAUGUGGUCUCCCAUCUUGGUACUGACCGGACACAGCCCUGCUUAGCUUCAGUGGGCGACCAUUUGAGAGUUGCAUAGAGCUAGCUGCUGGCUAAAACCAACCGUCACAGUAAUGUAAAAACACAUCUGGAAUCUGUUCUAUCAGUGUAGCUGAUUAACCAUGCGUAUGGAUGCUACCAGCUUUCUGGGCCUACAAGUAGGCGGAAGUUAACGAGAAUUAUUUAUAUUAUUUGUUAAAUUUACCAUUAAUUGUAUUUUAUUAACAUCUACCCCCACCCUAAUAAUUAGCAGCGCUUUUCUCAAAGUGCUUUACAUACAUUUUUGGAGGGAAUCUCCUCCUCCACCACCAGUGUACAGCAUCUACCUGGAUGACUUGACAGCAGCCAUAUUGCACCAUAUCGCACACCAGAUGAAGCCAAUUAUGAUAUGGGGAUGACUAGGACGAAGGCUAUGGUUGACAAAGGCCAGUGUGCAAAUUUGAGUAGGAUGCCGGGGUUAAACCCCUACUCUUUUUGGAUGGACAUCCUGGGAUUUUUAACGAUCACAGUGAGUCAGGACCUUGGUUUAAUGUCUCAUCCGAAAGACAUUACUGAGCAGUAUAGAGUCCCCUUCACUAUAUAGGGGCAUUAGGACCCACUCAGAUCACAGGUUGAGCAUCCCCCUACUGACUUCACAAACACCACUUCUGGCAGCAACCUAGCUUUCCUAUGUGGUCUCCCAUCUAGGUACUGACCGGAUGCAGCCCUGCUUAGCUUCAGUGGGCGACCAUUUGAGAGUUGCAUAGAGCUAGCUGCUGGCUAAAACCAACCGUCACAGUAAUUUAAAAACACAUCUGGAAUCUUCUCUAUUAGUGUAGCUGAUUAACCAUGCGCAUGGAUGCUACCAGCCUUCUGGGCCUACAAGUAGGCGCAGAAGGCCCCUACUGGCCCAUAUGUAUCAGCUGAUAACCACUGAUAACGCCCAUUGAAUCGAGUGCUUACAUUCGAAGUGGGUGCAAUUAGCUGGUUAAAGUAUCAAUUGUACAUGCGAAAGAAGUUAUUUUCUACUGUAUGCAUUUCAGAAUUCAAAUAAAAAUCGUCUUGUAAUAUUUCAAAAAAGAAAAAGGAAAAAAAAAAACAUCCCUCGAGGCCAAAACGAGCAGCAACUUGUCUCUAGCGAUUUCUGAAUAUUUAAAGAUGUUAAAAACAAAGGAGAGGGAGGUCACAGGGUCGAGCUGCAUACGAGAGAGAGAGAGAGAAAGAGAGAGAGAGAGCCAUAACUUAAGGGACGAAGGUUGACUUUUUGCACUUCUGUACAUAGUCAAUAUAAAGAAAAGAAAAGGAACAUGUAUAAUAUUGAGAUCUUAUUUUGAAUAAUAAAAGAUUCUAUAACUAUGAGAAAUUUUUCUUAGGAUAAUUUAAGAAUUAGAGUAAUAGUCCAGCUAACAGAUGAUGCUUGCAGAAAUACGGCACAGCUCUUUUAUUAUCAUUUCCGACCAUCACGUUCAUCAAAAAAAAACAAAAACAAAAAAACAAAGCUCCGCGUUGCCUGCAUAUACAGUACACCGACACGUACCGAGAGAAUUUGGCAUUACACUCCGCCUCGUCAUGAUUUCCACUGUGGGAAAUUGGGAUUUCUUUAGCCUACCAAUAGACCUUUCAACAAAACAGCGUGUUUGUUAUAUUAUGAUGGACUUAAAUAACUGCAUGAUGAGUAAUAAUUAACUCUCAUAAUAGAUAAUUAAGUACGUAGAUAAGUUAAUUUCUCACAGUAACUAUCAUCACCACAGCAUAGUGUAAAUCAAGUAUCUCGAUCGAUAUAUCCGAGGCACCGUUCACAGAUAACCCAUCAGAGUAUAACCGUACAGUACAGUUAUUACAAAAGGCCUUCAGACCGACUCUAGAUGCUAAAAGAUGUCCACUUAACACACGACAGAAGAGUUGCUUUCUUAUAUGGUAAUGUGCCUUCAGCAGGGAAAGGACACCGACAAUACACACACACACAUAAAAACAACAACAAAUGAAAUGAAUGUAACUGUCAAAUCCUCUGCUGAGGUCAGCGUUUUACUCAUUUGAGGUUGCUGCACAAGAGCUAUUAAACCAAAGCAUCACUUUUCCUUCACUUAACUCAAUGCCUAAAAAGCUGGUGGGCCGUCCUCUCCCGGACGCCCAAAAAACCAUAGGUGGUCCUGCCUGCUGAAAGCACUUGCUUGGAUGCUUAACGCCCUCCAUGGAAUCUUACACCUGCCCUUUGCUUAUAGUUGCUGUAAGAUAUUGUGCUGCAUUCUAAAAGACUUGUUUUAUGCACAUUUAUUAUUGUUAGAAUUGACUCUUACUGUUAUGAGUUUAAAAAAAACUUAAUAAAACAAAAUGGAUUUGCUCAA